AUUGGACGUCAUUAUCACAACACGAACAAAUGAAUUGUUUUGGUUUUUUACAAAAAUAAACUGCAAUUCAAUGUUCAAUAUUUUGCCCCUAUUUAUUAUUAAAUUCAUCUAAUAUCAACAUUGCUACUGUAUGUGUUAAUAUAUAUUACAUUCGACAUCCAUUUGCGUGGUUUCGUCACAAACAGAUUGAGUCACUGUUGAGUUUUUGUAAUCUAUUUUUUAUUUGUAAAAUUAUAAACUCUCAAAAAUGGAUUAUGUUACAACUUUAAAGAUUCUGGUGAUCGGAGAAAGCGGUGUAGGCAAAUCCAGUAUGAUCCUUGCCUUCACAACUGGCAACUACAACCCUGCCUUCCCAGCUACAAUUGGCGUUGACUACAAAUGCAAGAUUAUGGAUGUGAACGGAGUUAAAGUGAAACUUGGUAUUUGGGACACAGCCGGGCAGGAGCGGUACAGGACGCUGACCUCAAGUUUCUAUAGGGAUGCACAUGGUGCCAUUUUAGUCUAUGACACAUCAGAUCCAAAGACGCUGGCGAAACUAAAAGAUUGGGUGGAGGAGCUGCAAGUGUACACAACAAAGAAAAAUAUUGUAUGUUUGGUUGUAGGCAAUAAAAUUGACAAGCCCCGCGCAGUACCACGCGAGCAGGGACAAGCGUUUGCGCAGAAACACAGAAUGCUAUUCAUAGAGAGUAGUGCUAAAACUCAGGACGGAAUUAAUCUGGCUUUUGAAGAGCUAGUUCAAAAGAUCAUCGAGACUCCAGGGCUCUGGGAGACGGGCAAGAGUUCCAACAUUCGCAUCACUGAGGAUCGUAAUCAGGUCCAAGAACAAUCCUCCUGUUACGAUUACACGUGUACUAUAUAAAAUGUUCAUAUUAUUUGUUGGCUUCUGAUUGUAUAUCUAUUAUAUAAAUGUAAAGAGGACAUUGACUGGCAUGUAGAAUUAUUAUGGUCUAGGGACAUAAAAUGAGAGGAUUUUCUGAUAUUCUCACGGGAACAGUGAUAUUUUGUCGCGAGAUAAAAACAGCGUAGCGCGUACCAUGCCCUUUUCCCCUUUUUUUCGCAUAAGUUUAUUAUCCUAAUUUAAUUUUGCAUAACGAUUUAGGCAUAUAUUUUUUGACAUAAUAUUAUUUUGACGUACUUGUUCUUUUGCAUACUUUUUUAUAAGCAUAAUUCUAGUUUAUUUUUUACUAUAAUUUUGAAUAGCAUAAAGUUCUAAGAUGAAAGUCAUAAUGAAUUUUUUUUUAAUUUAUAAUCUGUAAAACGAUAGACCAGGUAUUAGAGCGGUAUAGUGUUGCAGUAAGUUAAGGUGCGGCGGGGCUGCCAGUAUAUUUUUUUUUUAGGAAAAGUAUUAAAUGUAAACACAUAUUAAAAAGACCUUAAUAAAAUUUAUGCUCAGAUAUUGCUAUGCCUAAAAAGUUUAGGCUUUAAAAUAUUAUGAUUCUACCUAUUGUUAUGCUUAUGGUACGUAUGCUUAAAUUAUGUGCCUAAAACGUUGUGACAAAUUAAUAUUGUGCGUAACUAAUAUUAGGAUAAGUAAAAGUAUGCCGUGUUAAAUUAUGACAUAAAAUUUUAUGCAUAAAAAUUGGGAACCUACGGGGGCUGUUCACGUUAGUUUUCAAUUAUUUUUCAGAAUUGUACUUGAUAUAGGUACUUAUUAAAACUAAAGCUGGCCGCUGAGAAAAAAAAAAGUAAAUAUUUAAUUGAAGAAAAAUGAUACUCUGGGGCUAGCUCAAUCUGUGUGAUAUGCCACUAUACAUACAUAGUGCGUCUUAUACCUUACGGGGUAGACAGAGACACUGGUCUCGAAUAAGGGCUUAACGAUGAAAUUGAGAUUCAGUUAAUGUUAGGUUGCUAACUCAUCGCCUAAAACGAGAAUCCCAAUUUUAUAAGCCUAUUCAGUUUUAUUGUCCGUAUAUAAUUUAUUUAUUCACAAGUAAAACUGUAAGAAGCCAACAUAAUUAUUGUGAUAUCUUGUAUGCUUUUGUAAAUAAAAUGUACACAAUCA